AUGGACCCUACGCAGCUCCUGCAGCUGCUGGCCGCCAGCAUAGAUGCUACCGAUCCUGUGGCGCGGCGUGCAGCAGAGGACGCGCUGCAGACAGCCGCGCGCCAGCCCGGGUUUGCGCCGCUGCUGGCGCAGGCCGCGCUUGAAGGCAGUCUCCCACCCGCACUGCGGCAGCUGGCAGUGCUGCUGCUCAAGAACACGUGCUCAAAGCGCUGGCAGGAGGGCGAGCGCGGAUUCGAGCCGCCCCAGAUCUCCGACCCCGACAAGGCCCUGGUCCGCGACACCCUGCCCGCCGGCCUUGCCGCCCCCGAGUCCAAGCUGCGCACCGCGUUCGGCGCCGCCAUUGCGGUCAUCUACAACUUCGACGGGGAUGCGGGCUGGCCGGGCCUCACGGACACCCUCGUCUCGGCGGUGCAGCGCCGCACCGACCCCCACACAGUCUCCGGCGCCCUGCGCUGCCUGUGCCUGAUGGCGCAAGACCUUGACGAGGAGCGCAAGCCGCGCCUGCUGCAGGAGCUGUCCGCCUCGCUGCACGGCAUCGUCGGCGCAGAGGCGGGCGCGCUCGCCGCCGGCGCCGGCGGCACGGGAGGGGCGGCGGGAGGGGCGGGCGCGUCGGCGCCGGCGGCGCUGGUGCGGAUGGCGCUGAGGAUUAUGGCGGAGCUCGUGGCCGGCCUUGAGAUACUGGAGGCGGGGAGCGACGCGCGGCGGCGGCAGCGCGCGGCGCGCGACGCGAUGGCCCCGUUGGUCGGCCCCUGGGUGCAGGUCAUCGCUGGAGUGCUGGAGCUGCCCUUCGACUCGCAGUCCCGCCAUCUGUGGGGCUGCAAGCUGGAGGCGCUGCGGCUGCUCAUGCUGCUCGUCAAGUUCUUUUCAAAGCACAUGGAGGGCGCCAUGCCCAGCGUCAUGGCGGCAGCAUGGCAGAUGCUCAACCAGGGGGCCGCUCUGCACCAGGCUCUAAUGGUGGAGGGGGAGGAGGGCGAUGACGAGGCGCCGGCAGGGGACGAGGGCCUGGAGGAGGGCAGCGCCCUGCGGCUGGAGACAGUGCUCAGCCAGCUGUUCGAGCUGCUGCUGACGCUGGCGGGCAGCCCGCGCCACCAGAAGCUGCUGCUGCCGGCGCUGCCCGAGCUGGCGAUCCUCUGCGUGGCCUUCAGCCAGAUGAGCGGGCCCCAGGAGGAGCUAUGGGCGGCGGACCCCAACGCGCUGCUCGCUGACGAGGACGCUGAUAUCGUCGGCUGCAGGCCGUCUGCCGAGAUCCUGGUGGACCAGCUGCUGGAGGAGUUUGAGGGACCGGCGCUGGAGGCGGCCCUGGCGGCGGUCAAGAGGAAGCUGGCAGAGGCGGACGAGGCGGCUGCGCGGGGCCGGCCGCGGUGGUACCGGCUGCGCGAGGCGGCGCUGCUGGUGCUUGGCAACCUGCUCACAUCUGCGGACGAGGCCCCGCUGCGCGACGCGCGGGUCCGCGCCGAGGUGCCCCCAAUGAUCGACUCACUGCUGCAGCGGGAGCUGCUGCCGGAGACGGUCGCGUCGGCGGCGUGCCAGGGCGGUGAUGGCAGCAAGGGCGGCACCGCCCUGCUGGUAGGCCGCGCGCUGUGGCUGGGCGCCAAGCUGCACCCGCUAGCCACGGCGCAGCAGAAGCAGGCGCUGCUGCAGGGGGCGGCGGCGGGCGUGUCUGGCGCUCUGCCCGUCGCAGCCAAGGUCGGCGCCCUGCGGGCCCUCUGCCAGCUGGCGCCCACCGUCCCCAAGCACGUGCUGCAGCCGCUGCUGCCGGGCGUCUACGGGGGGCUGCUGCAGCUGCUGGGUGGCAGCAGUGAGGAGACGAUGCACCUCGUGCUCGGGACACUCGCGGCGCUCGUACAGGUGGACACAGAGGUGGCGGCGCGCCACGUCAUGCAGCUGGCGGGGCCGGUGCUGGAGGCCUGGUCGGCAAACGUGGCCGACCCCCUCGUCGCGGACGAGGGCCUAGACGUGCUGCGCGCGCUGGCCGCCUGCCCGCGCUGCCUGCCAGAGCUGGCGCGCUAUGCCCUGCCCGUCCUCGUCGCCGUAGUGGAGCAGCCGCCUGCCCAGCCGCCCAUGCUGGUGGAAGCUUCCCUGAACCUGCUCGAGGUCCUCGCCCAGCCGGCCGCGCCCCAGGUGGCGGCCGCCGUCUGCCGCGCGGCGCUGGCGCCGGCGGCGGCGCUGCUGGGGGCGACGGAUGACCCCUCGGAGGCGUCCGCCGCGACGGCGCUGCUGGUGCAGCUGCUGCGCUGCGGGGGCCCCAACAUUGUCCAGUGGGGGCCCCCUGGCUCCAGCCCCGACACGGUCCAGCAGCUUCUCGCCGGCUGCGCCGCGCGGCUGCUCGACCCGAAGCUGCCCGACGGCUGCUCGGUCGCCGCUGGGGACCUGCUGCUGCAGCUUCUCAAGACCUUUGGAAGCUGCCCGCCGGAACUGGUGGCGGCGGCCGCGCGGAAGCUGGCGGCAGGGCCCAGCCCGCGGGUGGCGGCCGGGCUGGUGCCCUUUUUCGCCCGGCUCGCGCUGGCGGAUGCAAAGGGGCUCAUCGAUCUGUUGGCGUCAUCCACUGUGGAGGUGACACAGCUGCCAGCAGCGGGCGGCGGCGGCGGCGGCGGAGGCGCGCAGCAGCAGUCGGGGCUGCAGGCGGCGCUGCCGCUGCUGCUGGAGGCAGCCCCAGACGUAGCCGGCGCGCUGGCGACGCGCCAGACGGCGGCGGCGCUGGGUGCGCUGCUGGCGCAGCGGGGGCACCCGGCGCUCGCGGCGCUGAGCGUGCGGGGGGCGCCGGUGGAGGCGGCCGGCGGGGGGCGCGUGACGCGGAGCGCGGCGCGGCGGCAAGGGGGCCUGCAGUACACACAGGUCCCGGCCGCUGCCAAGCUGGUGCACGUGCUGGGGCAGCUGCUCUUCGCCGCCGAGGAGGACGACGCCUGGGCCGCCGUUGGCCUGGAAGGCUCCGACGCCUCCGACGACGACAGCGACGCCGGCGCCAGCGACGGCGGCGGCGGCGGCGGCGGCGACCCGCUCGGCAGCGGGGAGAUCGUCGCGGCGGGCCGGCGGGUCGGGGCCAUCGGCGGCGGCGGCGGCGGCGGCGCGCUGUACGCGGCCGGGCUGCCGGAGGCGGGGCUUGAGGGCGACGUCGCGGCGCGCAGCGCGGCGGGCACCCCCGCGGCGGAGGACCCCGAGGACGCGGCCGACCCGCUGGCGGCGGUGCCGCUGCGCGAGGUCGUGCGGCGGGGGCUGGCGCCGGUCGCGGCGCAGGACCCCGGCUUCCUACAGGCGGCGCUGGCCGGGAUGCAGCGUGACCAGGCGCAGACGCUGGCGGCCCUGCUGUCCUGA